CUUUGUUUGAAAUACUGCUGCCGCUUUCAGAUAUUGCAUCAAGAUUACGUUGCUUAGCGCGUUAAGUGUUGUAACAUAUAUAUCACUAGUUUCGUCCUUAAACGAAUAAAAACACUGUCCUUUGCUCGCGAGAAAUGGCCGUGAAUGAAACCCAAGUGACAUUAAAAGACAACCAACUCGAUGAUUUCUCGACCAACGCUAUUGUUAAAUCGUUGAGUAUGAAAAACAGACGCGCGGCGGGCAACUGGAAACAGCUGGUUAAAGCAAUAGACGUCCAGAAGACGGAGAAAUCCGCUGAACUUAAUCAUGACCGAAACAAGUUGCUUGGAAAAAGGCAACAAAUUCAAACAAGAACCGUGUCUUUGGCCAACAUGAAAUCCUUGUUAAACUCGCAGGAAGAAAAGCCCGCUUUUUUGAAAGUGUACGACAGCCUGAUGGCGUCAAUGGGAAAGGAAAAACGUAUCAAGUCAAGCAAUCUUAGAGAUGGUAUCACAAAGCAAACACAAAGUUCUGAAAGGAAGAAAGUUGUGCGGAAGAACGUCAGCUUGUCUUUGAACGAGUUGCCAAAACUCGGACCAAAAACAAACGACCUGAGAUGCAAGGAACUGGAAAAAAUGGACACUGAUGAUACCAGCUGUGGCGAGGCUAAUUCUGAUAAGAUUAUCCCCGUUGAGAGACGCACUAGGCCACAAAGUGCUUUUGAUUUUACCGAAGAAGAGCAAGACAUGAAUCGUAAACUUUACUGCUCUCCACCUUCUUUGCCUAGGAUACAUUUGCAGAAAUCUCAUAGGCCCAGAUUUCGGAGUUUUGAGAAGGAUGAUGCGGAUUAUAAAAGAAAGAUUUCUUGCAACGAUGAGUCAUGGACAAAUAUGCAUCAAUGUCGACAUUUGCGUCUUCGGAAACGCUCUCAUACAAUGCACGACUUCAAAUAUAACACUCGUAAAACAGCAGGGAAUACUACCAGAUGAGAGGUUGAGGCUGAGCUUCCCAUUCUUCAAUAGUACCGUGAUAAAACUUGACUUAGCGCAAGUACGAAUUGUAAAUAUGAUUCCAUAGUGCGAAUCAUGUGUCUAUAUUAUUCAUUAUCCAGAUAUGGGAGGCGACACAGUUUUCAAAGUUUUUCUGCUUUGUACUCAUUUGUAAGAAACAUUUUAAACUGCA